CUCAGUGUGUACACACACACACACACACACAGCGGUAUUUGAACAUGUUUAUUAUCCUGCUGGAGGGCACGGGAAUGGAAGAGGCGCUUGUGUAAUAAUAGUAAGCGCUGUAUGUUGUGUUUGUAAUUCUUUAAUAUAAUUAAGUUUGUAAAUACACGCAGGAAUAACGCUCGCUGCUUCUGGACGUGUCUGUUUACUGAAGUGGAAGAACUGAACUCCUCAAAUCCAGCACUUCGCCGACAUGAACCUUCUUCAUGUUUGACUUCUGUGUAAUUCCCGACAUGAAUGAUUAUAAGCUGUGUGUUUUUAUAACCUGCGCUUCUGUACUGUCCUGAUGGCCUCGAAGCUGCUGGACAGACUUCGCCGUUCGCUAUUCAAAGAAGGAGAGCUCCAUGUGGACACGGACGACACCGAUGACUUUCCAGAAAGCUCUGAACUUGAGGAUGAUACAGACAAUAUCUCGUCCAGGCUCAGUGGGACACUCUGCUUUGACGGCGAUGGUGUCCUGGAUUCAGAAGAUGCAGGAGAAACAUCUGGCCCAGACAGUGAUUCGGACUGCUUUGCAGAGUCCAUAGAGAACACCUGCAGCAGCACAGAUAUAAGCCCGACUGGGCAGACUCUGAAGGGCUCCAGCAUGCUCACCCGACAGCUACAGGAGAGCUGGAGAACUCUGCGCACUCGCUGUGUGUUAGAAAAGCUCCUUUUUGAAGUGACUGAUGCCAGCGUAGUGCAAGAGGCAAACUCGAAAUAUGUGCUUUACACAAUUCAUGUCAUCCACUCUGGCAAUUUUGACAAAACCCCUGCAGUCAUUGCACGUCGCUACACCGAUUUCGAGAGGCUGCACCAUCUUCUGCGCAGGCAACACAGAGAAGCCAUGGAAGGAGUCCACUUUCCACGUAAGAAGCUGCGCCGGAAUUUUGCAGCCGAGACCAUUGGCAAGCGGAGCCGUGCAUUCGAGCAGUACCUUUCACAUCUGCACUCACUGACUGAAGUGCGAGCUUCACCUACCUUCCUGGAGUUCUUUUACCUGGGUGAACUGCGCAGUGGGCAGACGCUGGUGCGUUCUGGUCGCUACGAGGAAGCGUUGGGUAUUCUGGUUAAUGCACUGCACCUCCAGGAGAAACUGGAUUCACCUCACAAAAUUCACAGGCUCUUCACACUCUCUGCAGUAGCCAGCUGCUACCAGGAGCUGGAGAGGUUGAGCGAGGCACAAGAGCACUGCGAGUAUGCCCUCAACAAACUUGUGCCCUCAACAGACAUGCAAAAGAUACAGCAAAAGCAACUCCACCCGCUGCUAGUUCCACUUCUGCAAGCCAAUGUUCGGCUCUGCUGGAAGAUUUCCAAGGAUAAGCGGCGUUGGGAGGCACUGCUGCAUGAGAUCCUUGAGCUCGGUGUUGAUGUUGAGAAUCAGCCUGAUUUGAAGGAGUUUGUAGUUAAAGAGAACCUCUUAGAAAGUGAGGGAUAGUUCAGGUCAAACUGACAUAGGGCAUUUAACACUGAUGAUAAUGACAGUCAUGGUGCAAACUAAGGGAUUGAUUUAAGUUGCAGAAGAUAAUCAUAUGGUAAUAAGAAAUUGACACAUACCACUAUUUUUAUUAUUUCAUCAUAUUUUGCACACUGGUAUGUCUAAAUAAUAUGUAAAUAAUCACUACACAUAUAUGUGAGUUUAUGCAUUGAAGUUGAAGUGGUUCAAGCACAGCUUUAGUAGAAAUCUAUUUUUUAUAAAGUAUGUAUUUUUGAAAUUGUAUCCAAAUAUUAUUGGGUGCAGUAUAAAAUGGAUCAUGUUACAAGUUUCAUGAAUGCACAUUGAUCAAACACAUUAAGGGAAAGAAGUUCAUGGAGAACUUUUGAUAGUUUAAUGAAGUCUUUUUACAGUUUUGCCCACUAAUUUACCCACUUUUUGACCCAGUAAUUUCAGCUCUAGUUAAGGUACUUCUUUACAGAAGUGAAACAUUAGAGAUUAGUGGUUUUUCCUACACAUUUUAUUGUUUAAUGUUCCAAUAUUUUUUAUGUUUAUAUUUAUUAUUUAGAUAAAAAUGAAUUUAUUGUAGUAUAAUUCAAUUUACGAUAGUUAUUGUAUAAUCCUGCCUGAGACUCCUUGGCAGUUGCAUUCCUCUAGUGAAACCUUGCAACAUUUCCCAAACCUAUGAUUUACUUAAUAUGGUUAAAGGACUGCUGGCUGUAGUAUUUUUCUGCGAUUAUUUUAUGUACUUUAAGAAAUUUUUUAACUGGCACAUAUGCACUACACUAUCCCCACCACAAAGAGCAUUUAGAUUUAUUUUUAUUAAAUCCCUGUAGCUGUUUAAGUAGAAAGGGAAUGAAACAUUGUGAAAGGCAUGCACUCCUUUUUCAACCACUUUUAGUUUACAUAAGGCAUGUGAAUGAAUUCCUGUAGUGUUUUCAUCUUAAUAAAAUACACUUCAUCUA